AUGAACACCUUCGAGCAGCCCAUUCCAUUCCAGCCCACACUCUACAGAGCAGCUCCAAUCCCUCCUCCACGCAGCUCGAGCGCAAUCCGGAGUCUGACCUCUCAAAUUGCACUCCACUCGCCAUCCAGGCCCUUACCCGAACAACCCACCGUUCCUGUUUCAGAGUCUCAAGAAGCACAGUCCCAAAGACCCAACUCCUUCUACGCAGAGGCCGACUUUGAAGACACCCCUCCUGCAACACAAACCGAUGCGUAUGAAAAUGAUAUCGAUGUGUACGCAGAAAUGUCUCAGGAACCUGUUAACGACUAUGCAAACGAGGAACAGGAGCAGUACAACGAACAACGUCAUGAAGAGGAUGGCCAAAAUUAUCACCAGCACCAAGGCGAGAACAGCUACAACACACUCCAACAACAAUCGGAACCAGAGUUCUCGGCUGAGGCGCUGAUCCGCCCAGUGGCAGCACUGAUGCAACUUGAUCUCGCGGGCGAGCUCAUUUACUUCAGAGACCGGUUUGCGGACCUCCAGCAGGGUCAACCUGGUUUCGAACAAGAGCGAUCUGCUCUUCUUGAGCUUGAGCGAUCGACGGAGGCUUUGAUGACCUCGCGCAAGGCGCUGACCGAGAAGCAGCGUCAGCUCCUCCUCCUCCACAUCAACGACAACCAACGGCCAAACUUGCAGAAUGAGGUGGUCCAAUUGACGACAGAAUGCCGGGCCAUGGAACACCAAUGGCGCACCGGGAAAGAAACCUACCACCGCGAUUAUGUCGUAGUAGCCGCAAAGGCUGCCGCCGCCGCGGCUGCCAAAGCCAACGCCGAGCUCAAAGCCCAAACAGAGAAAGGUAUCGCGGUCUUGAAGGGUCAGAUUGCCAACCUGCAAAGACAACUAGAUGCCGUCGCGGCCAGGAGAUCUCAGAUGCUGUUUGCUACCCAGGGAGCCGCCUAA